AUGGCUGCUGUCGAUCUCAAUUUCCGCGCUGCAACCUUGGAGGAUGCCCCGCAACUCCAGGAAUUGGUGCAAAAUGCGUUCCGCGCAGCGGACAGCAGAUCGGAUUGGACCGGCGAUAUGGGUCUCGCUUCUCAGUUCCACAUAAGCGUAGAGGAAAUAAAGAGCUUCAUGAACGGACCAGAAAGCGCAUUCUUGAUUGCGACCGACCAAAACGGCGUCAUGAUGGGCACCAUCGGUGUGUCAAAGCGUGGAGCCAACGGCGCUCGCCUUUCUAUGCUUGCCGUGGACCACCGAUACCAUCGCGGAGGCCUUGGUCGUCAGAUUCUUGGCUACGCUGAGGAUUAUAGCUAUCAGACUUGGGGAGCGACCAAGGCGGGGCUAAAUGCCCUGUCCACGCGACAGACCCUCAUCGCGUGGUACAUGCGACGCGGUUACAAAAAGACGGGCGAGACAUCGCCUUUUCCGCGCAAGAGGUUCCCUGACCUCGACUUGCCGGAGGAUAUGUGCUUCGUGGAGUUCGAGAAGGAUUUGGACCCGGUCGCCGUCGCUGCGUGA